AUGGAUCAAGUAUUCAAUGAUCCGACGGUCCUCGAGGGCUGCAUUCUGGAGAAGAAUAGACUGGGGGCUCGCUCGGCCGCUGACAUCCGCAUCCAGGCUCUAGACUGGGUUGAGGGUGCUGAUUAUCCAGUCGCCCAGAGUCUGUCUAUUGGGCAGCUGGCGAACUCUCAACCCCCGCUUAGAAUUAUAUUUCCGCAAAGUGCGCAAGACGAUGGCGUGUUAUGGCUGGUUCAACACUACUCCAUCCCAACGGCAUUUCUGGAGGGAGAAUAUCGCGCAGUGACGCAUUCAUUUGGGUCAUUGGAUUCAGAUGAUGGAUAUAGAUGCUGCUGGUUCAACUAUCUCUGCAAAAACAUCACAGUCACCCCAGGACCAGAGCCAGUCAUCGCAGACCCCAGGCUGAAAGAUAAAAAUCAAGACACCAUUAGGCAAAGCGAUUUUACGUGGAUGAAAUCAGCAUUCUUCCUGCGGUGGCCGAUUGAGCCUACUACAGCCUCCCCUGGUGUGACUCUAAUAUGCUUUGGAGGACAGAUGGUGAUAAACCGCCUGCAAACCCUGACCUACAGUGCUGUAAAAAAUGGGAUUACACACGAUCCACUGAGUUUGUUUGUCGUGAUACUCAACCGGUUGUCGGCACACAUGAAUAACGCAGUGUGGGAUUUAUCAAAAGUGUUUGCAGGGAUUGAGAUGAAAGCGCUCGGACUGAGUCAUGACAGAGAAUCAUUUACUGGCCUUCACAAUAUUUCAAAGCACGUCAUAUUCCUCCAGGAGAGCUCAGAAGCGGCUCUUGAGACGGUCAAGAAUCUAGCUCGUCACCACCAGGAUCUCUCACCGAGAACUACAGACCAGGCCGCUGGCCACGCAACGAGGCGAACCAUUGCACAGGUCGAGGCAGAAUUCAAAGGCGUCAAGCUGCGCCUCAGGAGUCUGGAUAGACGCAUGCAGAACGUGAUUGCCCUGUCAUUCCAUCUUGUAACCCAAGAGGGAAAUGAGUUCCUCCAAGCGGACAGCAACACCAUGGCGACAAUCGCGUUCGUCACAUUAGUAUUCCUGCCCAUAACCACUGUAUCAACGAUUUUUGGCAGCCAGUUUUUCAACGUAACCGACGACAACUCCGCCAUUGAGGUGUCAAAGGACUUUUGGAUCUUCUGGGUAGUUUCGAUCCCGCUGACACUUAUUGUCCUGCUAGGAUGGACCUUGUGGCGGAAGCACGGGCUCGUGGCAAGCCAUGCCGCGUGGAUGCGUGCGCUGCGGCCAUUUGCACAGGAGAAAGGAGCCACCUGA